CAACGCUCGACUGCCAGAGUAGGGGAGGUCACGGUGUCCUUUCGCUCGCGCGUGUCUGACGGUCGGUCGCCAUGGAUAAGGUGAAGCCCGUGGUGAAGGCUGCUGAUGAAGACGACGAGCUGGUCGACCCCCUGGACACCGUCCGGGACAAGUGCCGGGCAGAGGCCAAGUGCGCGGCCUUCGGCGAGAAGCUGCAGGAAUGCAACGACCGCGUCAACAGCCGCUCGCAGACGCUCGAGACUUGCACGGAGGAGCUGUUCGACUUUUUGCACUGCGUCGACCAUUGCGCUGCCAAGGACAUCUUUAAGCAACUCAAGUGAAGGCAAGUUCGUCACAUGGAUGCUGGUUAGCUGAAGGCAAGAUGGAGUGCUGCGCUCGAAAGGCGUGGAAGUCUAAUAAACUGCCUGUUGCACCUGG